CCCAAUCCAUAAUCUCUAAAGCCUAAAACCCUACGAAAGCAGGAAGUCUAAACCCCCUCUCUCGUUUCCUCCUGACUGAAACUGUCAGUAUCUCUGUACCUCCAACUUCCGGCCAGCCAUGUAUCGAAUAGCUUCAAAAUUAGCUUCCUCCGUCGCUUCUUCCACUACCAAGAAACUGAUUGGUAGUAGGAUUAUAUGCAAUAGGAAUUAUGCGGCGAAAGAUAUCAUCUUUGGGGUUGGGGCUCGCGCCUCUUUGUUGCAAGGUGUCUCUGAGGUUGCAGAGGCUGUCAAAGUUACCAUGGGACCAAAGGGUCGCUAUGUGAUUAUUGAGAAAAGCGGCAAGAAUCCCCAGGUCACAAAGGACGGUGUUACUGUUGCAAAGAGCAUUAGUUUCCAGGACAAGUACAAGGAUGUGGGAGCAAAUCUCGUGAAACAGGUUGCGAGAGCAACUAAUACUGCUGCCGGAGAUGGUACAACAUGUGCAACUGUCUUGACCCAAGCAAUACUCAUAGAGGGUUGCAAGUCCAUAGCUGCUGGGGUAAAUGCAAUGGAUUUGCGCAGUGGUAUCAAUAUGGCAGUUGAUGCUAUUGUUACUGAUCUGAAAAGCAAAGCAUUGAUGAUAAGCACACCAGAAGAGAUUACACAGGUUGCCACUAUUUCUGCCAAUGGCGAACGAGAGAUUGGAGAGUUGAUAGCAAGAGCAAUGGAGAAAGUUGGAAAGGAAGGAGUCAUUACAGUUGCUGAUGGGAAUACAUUGGAUAAUGAAUUGGAAGUGGUUGAAGGAAUGAAGCUUGGUAGAGGUUAUAUUUCUCCCUAUUUUAUCACUAACCAAAAGACUCAGACAUGUGAAUUGGAAUACCCACUAAUCCUCAUUCAUGAAAAAAGAAUUUCAAACAUGACUGCACUCGUGAGAAUACUAGAGCUGGCCGUAAAUAAAAAUAGACCACUUCUUGUUGUAGCUGAGGAUGUUGAAAGUGAUCCACUUUCCAUGCUUAUACUCAACAAGCAUCAUGCUGGGGUUAAGGUUUGUGCCAUCAAAGCUCCUGGUUUUGGAGAAAACAGGAAGGCCAAUUUAGAAGAUCUUGCCGUUCUCACUGGCGGAGAGGUUAUCAGUGAAGACCGUGGUUUAACCCUCGAGAAAGUCCAACUUGAAACACUUGGUACUGCAAAAAAGGUGACUGUAUCUGUUGAUGACACAAUCAUUCUAAAUGGAGGUGGUGAUAAGAAGCUGAUUGAAGAAAGAUGCGAGGAGUUGAGAACGACAAUGGAGAAGAGUACUGCUGUGUUUGACAAGGAGAAAGCACAGGAGCGGCUGUCAAAACUAUCUGGUGGAGUUGCCGUUUUCAAGGUUGGAGGGGCUAGUGAGGCAGAGGUUGGGGAGAGGAAAGAUCGGGUAACAGAUGCUUUGAAUGCUACUAGAGCAGCGGUGGAAGAGGGUAUCUUGCCAGGUGGUGGUGUUGCUCUCCUGUAUGCUACAAAAGCAUUGAAGAACAUUCUAACGCAAAAUGAAGACCAAAGAAGAGGAGUAGAAAUAAUCCAGAAUGCUCUUAAGGCACCUACAUUCACUAUAGUUCAAAAUGCUGGUUUUGAUGGUGCUCUGGUUCUUGGUAAAUUGCUGGAACAAGAUGAUCACAGAAUGGGUUAUGAUGCAGCCAAAGGUGAAUAUGUUGACAUGGUCGAGGCUGGAAUCAUUGAUCCACUGAAAGUUGUUAGAACAUCCUUGGUAGACGCAGCCAGCGUGUCGUUACUAUUGACAACAACUGAGGCAGCUAUAGUGGACAGUCCAACAGAGAAAACGCCUCCCAGCCGGAUGCCAAAUAUGGAAGAUUAUGGGGGCUACUAACAUGCAGUCGACUAACUCAGGCUUUAGUGCCAAUACGGCAUAUUAUGUAACAAUCUGUUACCCAUGUGGAUUGUAUUUGACCAAAAAGAUCAAAUUUGUGCCCACAACUGCAAAUGGGGACUAGAAUUGAAAUAUUUAGGCAACUACAUUUGUAAAAUUGACAAAAUGAAAUAAGCAGCAAACACAGUAAUAUUUUUUGGCGCCAAUAUAAAAACCAAUGAGUUCUUGA